AGUAAUAGGUAGAACGCUAAACUUGCAAAUAAGUAAUAAUUCAAAUAAAGUUUUCCCUCCUUACAGAAGAGAUGGUUGCAGGCAAAGAAGGGUUAGAUUCAUAUUCCUUUACCUAUGAAUUUUGUUCAAAAUAAAUGAAAUCAAAGUUCAAUGUGGAAAGAGGUAUGGAUUUGGCAUCAGCAAUGCGUUGGGGAGUAAUUUUCUCAGAGUGCGGUUGCAAUGGAAAGGCCUCGUAACCUUUCUUGUGACCCACCGUAUAAAUCUGAUACACAAAACAAGCAGCCAUUUACAGCGUUGGCUUCCUCAGAAGGCAAUAAUGAAGCAUGUGUAAAAGAUAUCGCACAGAGGUCCUUAAGAUUCCGUUACCCACUUGUAAGCCAAAAGCGACUCAGAACCUUAGGUCCUGCUAGGCGUGUUCUUGUAACCAACACUGAAAGAGAUAACACUUUACCAAAAAUCAGCGAGGAAGAAAACAGUGUCUCCCCAGAUCAGCCAGCUUCUUGUGAAAAGGACUUGGUUGAAGCUAGCACAGAGUGUCCUACAGCUGCUGACAAUUCUUCUCAACAGAUAGAGAGGGAAGUAUCCAGGCUAGGCCAAAGUAAUGCAUACGAAGGUAUAUCUGGAGGAAACCACGAACCUCAAGACCAUAGAAAGAGAAAAGCUGAUAUGGGAAGAAUAGGUGAAAUUGAUUCAGAGGGCAACUUAGAAAAGUCAAUUGCAGAGCACAAUAUUUCCGUGAAUAGUUACAAAUACAAUGCUUACAAUGAUGAAGCUAAUAUUUACUCUACAAAUAGAAAAGUUGAUGAAGCAUCAGGUUCAAAAUGCCAUUUGAAUCAACUAGAGAAGUUAUCCAAUGCGUCUGUUAGAUCCGACCACCCAAAACCAACGGUUCAAGAUGGGCCAAAAAAGGUACAUUUUGCAAACAUUGACUACUCAGAUAGGGGUGAUGGUGUGGUGUUUCCAAAUUCUUCAAUUAUGGACAUGAAAUAUAGGCAAGCACAUUCUGCAUUUGACAACCACCAGAUGCAUUUGAAGUCAAGUAGCUUGGUGCAACUUGCCAAAGAUGAUAGAAAUGCACCUAUAAUCUCUUCCAUCCAGGAUGACUCGAUUCAGAAAGUGGAUAGACUGCUUGAUUCCAUGUCAUCUACUGUUGUUUCUGUUGAUUCCAAGGCCUGUGAGGUGGCCACUGAUACUGGCGUGGAGAACUUGUCAUCUCAUUUGAAUUCACUUGCAUUGACAGAAAACCAGGAGAGCGGGAGUUUGAAUAACUUAGGGGAAUCAUUUGCAAAUCACCGACAAACUUUGAAGCUGACUGGUGUACUUAAUGUACCAAAAAACAAAUUUACUUCCAAUGAGGUACAGAUUACUAAAGCAAAUAUGACUGUUACAACAGCACCGACAGCAGUGGUGGAACAAAUCCUAAAGCCAAGAGAUAAUGCUUCUUCAGAAAUUGAGGUAAAUAAUUCAUCAAUUCUGUCUGCGCCUGCAUCUUUAUCAUGUAAUAUAUCGGCUUUUGGCAUCUCGAAUUCAACUUCAGUUCAUUGUACAUCUGUACUCUCAACAUUAUCAUCUGUUCCAAAUCUUGGUCCAUGUAAAGGUCUGGUUUCAGCUACAGAGAGAGGAGCAUUGGGAAGCUCAAGCAAAAUUUCAAAACAUUCAGAUCCUAAUGCUGGUGUAGAUGAUUCUGAAAGGCAUUUCAACCUUAACUUAUAUAACUCUUCGGCUUCAUCUGCAUCCGUUUUUCCAUGCACAUCUUCAUCAUUUGCAUGUCAGAGUGCUACGUCAAUUCAAUGCACCUCUGGACCAUUGACGUCAUCAUCUGUAGGGCAGGGACUCAAUAUGUCCAGAGAACAGAGCACAACUGCAAAACCAAAUAGUGGUAGAAGUUUAAGUGAAGAACCAAGCAAUGGAAUGUUUCAAGAGCCUCAAGUGGUAAUGAAAACAGCUGAGGAAAGAUUUCCUCAAGAGCCUCGUGUAACAUCCAAGGAAAACAAAGAGAAAAGUCGAGUGCCAGAAGUCGCAGGAUGUCUAAAUCAAUCAAUUCAACAAUCUUCCUCUGAAGUUAACUUGGAAAAAACUUCAGCUGUCAGCAACAGAGAAAUGGGCACUAGUCGAAAAAAAUAUUAUGAUUCAGAUGCAUUUUUCCGUGUCAAUAAUAGAUUUUAUCAGAAGCUAGGUAAGAUAGGCAGUGGAGGUAGCAGUGAGGUUCACAAAGUCAUAUCAUCUGACUGCACAAUUUAUGCCCUUAAAAAAAUCAAGUUAAAAGGCCGUGACUAUUCUACUGCAUAUGGUUUCUGUCAGGAGAUAGAUUAUCUUACUAGGCUGUGUGGAAAGAACUACAUAAUACAGCUCAUUGACUAUGAGGUAACUGACAAGAAUUUAUUCAGGGAUGUGGUUGGAGGAAAAUUGGGAAAUAAGGAAGCAAGGAUCAAUGAAGAUGCUUAUAUUUACAUGGUACUUGAAUAUGGAGAAAUUGACCUGGCGCAGAUGCUUUUACAAAAAUGGAAGGAGAUGGAUGCUGUUAGAAAUCAAAUAGAUGAGAAUUGGUUGCGUUUCUAUUGGCAGGUUUGCUACCUUGCCAAUCUCCACUUCUGUGUGUAUGUAACUACAAGUUCCGUCUUUUCUAAACAAGUUUCUUAG